CACUGAAGCUAUGACAGAUAGACAGACAAGCACAGUGAAUCAUCGUUUUGAAGUGGUCCUCUCUGUCGUUUUGUCUGUGCAGACUCACACACUGAAAACCAAGACAAUGACAAAAAACAUACACAAAUUUCACAAAAACCCACUUUCUUAGGAACUCCGAUUUCAGUGAAAACCCAAUCACUUUUUCCAAGCAUUUUUCACACUUUUUCUACAUACCCAUUUUUCAACACUCUUUAAAGAUACAAAAUUUAUCAUUUAAUUAGCGUUAAACAAACGCAAAGAGGAAAGAGAAACCAAAAAGUUUCAUUUUUUUAUCAUUUUUUUUAUCUUAUGUGUUAAAUUAAUAACAUUAAAAGGUUUUCGUCUUUUUCCCUUUUGGAUUGGAUUUACUUGUACUAUAGUUUAAUGGUGGAUGGGUUGGUUGGUGAAGCGUGGCGUUGCAAAGUUGAAUACUUUUUGUUAGGUUGACGUUUUCGUUUUCUUCUUCAACAAGACUACUUCAUUGUGGUUUUUCUUUUUCACUUCAAAUCCCAAAUUUGGAACUUGUUUCUUCUGUUGUGUGUGAAAAGAAAAAUGGGUUCUUUUGGAAAUCUAGCUAAGAGGGUUGUGGAAACUGAGAUGCCUAUUAUGGUUAAGAUGCAGGAAUUGCUACGAGGAGCUAAGAAUGCUGUGUCUUUGGCACAGGGGGUGGUUUAUUGGCAACCUCCAAAGGAAGCGUUGGAUAAGGUGAAAGAACUUGUGUAUGAGCCUUCUAUUAGUCGUUAUGGUAAUGAUGAAGGUAUUCCUGAACUCAGAGCGGCAUUAGUGAAAAAGUUGCGUGAUGAAAAUAAUUUGCACAAAUCCUCGGUAAUGGUUACAGCAGGUGCCAAUCAGGCGUUCGUGAAUCUUGUUCUUACUUUGUGUGAUGCGGGGGAUUCUGUGGUGAUGUUUGCCCCUUACUACUUCAAUGCAUACAUGUCCUUCCAGAUGACCGGCAUUACUGAUAUACAAGUUGGUCCCAGUAACCCGGAAACACUUCAUCCAGAUGCAGACUGGUUGGAAAAAGUGUUAUCAGAGAGUAAACCUGUGCCGAAGCUAGUAACUGUUGUAAACCCUGGCAACCCAACUGGAACCUACAUUCCAGACUCUCUUCUGAAGAGGAUUGCAAAUCUCUGCGAGAAAGCUGGCUCUUGGCUUGUUGUGGACAAUACAUAUGAGUACUUUAUGUUCGAUGAUCUGAAACACACUUGUGUGGAAGGAAAUCAUGUUGUGAAUAUUUUCUCUUUCUCAAAAGCUUAUGGAAUGAUGGGAUGGCGUGUUGGAUACAUAGCAUACCCUUCUGAAGUAGAAGGUCUUGCUGCCCAACUUCUCAAAGUCCAAGACAACAUUCCAAUCUGUGCUUCAAUAAUUUCACAGCACCUUGCACUCUACUCCUUAGAACUGGGACCUGAAUGGGUUACUGAACGAGUAAAAACUCUCGCUAAGAACAGACAAAUUGUCUUGGAGGCUCUUUCCAAUGUUGGAGAAGUUUCAAUUAAAGGAGGUGAAGGAGCUAUAUAUCUUUGGCUGAAGAUCCCGAGUGGACAAGGUUACGAUGAUUUUGAAGUUGUUCACUGGCUGGCUAAUAGGCAUGGGAUUGCUGUUAUCCCUGGAAGUGCAUGUGGUGCUUCUGGUAAUCUUAGAAUUUCGUUCGGGGGUUUGACUGAAAAUGAUUGUCGAGCAGCUGCAGAAAGGCUUAAGAAAGGUUUGGAAGAAUUGGUUGCACAUGGUUUGGUACAAGACUAGUAACAAAAUAGUUUAUCUCAAAAGAGAUUUAUAGAAAGAAAAAUCCAUUUACCAGUGGAGAAAAUUUGCAACUGGUGAUGCUUUUGAAUAAAUGUUAGGAUUUAUUUUCAGCCUUGUUAAGUUGGAUAUUACUACUAGCAAGGUUUAAUAAUUUUCAUUAUGAAAAAGUAGAUAAUAAAUGCAUCAUAACCUUCUUUUCA